AUGCUGCUCUGCUUCCCCGACCAUCGCUGUUGUUGCUCCUUCCCAGUCCUUGUUACUGCUGCUCCUCCUUACCAAGCAACUGAUAGUGCAGUUAUGUUUGGUGUUUCUUCCAUCAAUCAUCCGGAUCUACACCAUAUAUCAACAGAUUAUGGUUUCGAGGGCCAUCCAUUACGAAAAGAUCUUCCUCUGAAUGGAUAUGUGGAAGUACGCUAUGAUGAUCCAAAGAAAUGUGUGGUUUCUGAACCCAUUGAGAUGACCAAUGCUAAAGGGACUAGCCUAGAUAUUUCAGGGGGAAGCUCCUAA